AUGUCACCCCCCUCCUCAUCCUCAAGGAGCACCAAUCAAUCUUCUCAGCGGCGGCGUCCGUCCACGGCAAGCGCCGAAGAAGAUGACCCCCCGAUCGAAUCUGUUGAUCUCACCGCCGUCAACGACAAUGAAACGCUUUCCGCCGCUCUAGCAAAGCAGCGUCAAGAUGCCAUCUUGGCUCAAACCCCGGGGACAGAAGCGGGCCGCACACCGCUUACCGCGUAUAAAUGUCCCGUGUGCAUGGAUACACCCACCGAUGCCACGUCUACGGCAUGCGGCCAUGUGUUUUGUCACCGUUGUAUUGUCGAUACUCUCAAGUGGUCCAUCGAAACACGAAGGGAAAAUGUGCCGGCCUCUCGGAAGACCAAAGGCGUGUGUCCUGUGUGCCGUAAAACUCUGGACAUGAAAGACACCCCAGGACCAGCAAGAGGUUUGAUCCCUCUUGAGUUGAAGUUAAUGGUGAAGAAGCGAAAGCGAGAAGACGACCCGGAUGAGAAGGGCCAGAGGAAACGAAAAGGCAAGGGGAAAUCAUUGACCAAGGCGGAGACGCUAAGCGAUGACGAGGAGAAUGGGAAUAGCAGGGGCACUGACCCGAGGGUAGCAAAACAAGAAAACGACACCUCGGACGAGGCGAUCUGGGGGGCGUUCAUUGAUGAACAAGCCUAG